CAGUCCUGGGCUAAACAAAAGCGGCGGAUAGUACCAAGGCAAUCAAACCUGUGCAGAGGAUAUUCAAAAACCUGCUGCAGACGCGUAAGAGCCUUCGAAGAAAAAAGUCCACGUUUUCCACAAGCUUCAGCCAUCGUUGUUACUCGGGAUUAGCACUCAUAUUUAAAGUUGAACCUGAAUUUUUCUUUGCAGAGCAGGAGUGGCUAAAAGCAACAGCAGCAGUUCAGAUCAGAUUUCACUCAGACCAGCUGGGAGACAGCAAGACCAGGUUUUUUUGUUGCCUCUACUCCUUUCCCUCUCUGGUCCAAGGAGAGCACAGAGGGAGCGAGAGAGGGAGAGAGACGGACUGAGAUCCAAAGGAAUUUUCUCGGGAUAUUCCUUUAGCCCGAGAGAGAAGCGUGGUUGUCAAGCGGGAGUGAGGCAAAGAAGAAGGCUGAGAUGGACGAACAACCGCGGUUGAUGCACUCUCACGGAGUGGGCAUGGCCGGACACCCCGGCCUUUCUCAGCAUAUGCAGGAUGGAACUGGAGGGACUGACGGAGACGGAAGAAAACAGGACAUUGGAGACAUUUUACAGCAAAUCAUGACCAUAACUGACCAAAGUCUGGACGAAGCGCAGGCCAGGAAACACGCACUGAAUUGCCAUAGAAUGAAGCCAGCUCUCUUCAACGUCUUAUGCGAAAUUAAAGAAAAAACAGUCCUGAGUAUCCGUGGUGCCCAGGAGGAGGAGCCUCCUGACGCCCAGCUGAUGCGGCUGGACAACAUGCUGCUGGCGGAGGGCGUGUCCGGGCCGGAGAAAGGGGGCGGGUCGGCGGCGGCGGCGGCGGCUGCGGCGGCCGCCGGGGGGGCCGGCUCCGACAACUCGGCCGAGCACUCGGACUACCGGGCCAAGCUGUCGCAGAUCCGGCAGAUCUACCACACCGAGCUGGAGAAGUACGAGCAGGCGUGCAACGAGUUCACGACCCACGUGAUGAACCUGCUACGCGAGCAGAGCCGCACGCGCCCCAUCUCGCCCAAGGAGAUCGAGCGCAUGGUGGGCAUCAUCCACCGCAAGUUCAGCUCCAUCCAGAUGCAGCUCAAGCAGAGCACCUGCGAGGCCGUCAUGAUCCUGCGCUCCCGCUUCCUCGACGCCAGACGAAAAAGACGGAACUUUAACAAGCAGGCGACGGAAAUCCUCAACGAGUACUUCUACUCGCACCUCAGCAACCCCUACCCCAGCGAGGAGGCCAAGGAGGAGCUGGCCAAAAAGUGCAGCAUCACGGUGUCACAGGUAUCAAACUGGUUUGGAAACAAAAGAAUCCGGUACAAGAAAAACAUUGGGAAGUUCCAAGAAGAAGCCAACAUGUACGCCGCCAAAACAGCCGUCACCGCGGCCAACGUAUCCGCUCACGGCAGCCAAGCCAACUCCCCCUCGACCCCAAAUUCGGCAGGUGGAUACCCUUCGCCAUGUUAUCAGUCAGACAGGCGGAUACAGUGACGGACUGGCAGCGAGCCAGAUGUACAGUCCGCAGGGCAUCAAUGCAAACGGUGGCUGGCAAGAUGCUACAACACCCUCAUCAGUGACUUCGCCCACAGAAGGACCGGGAAGCGUCCACUCCGAUACCUCCAACUGAUCCCUCUACCGUACAGCCCCCCCACCCCCCCGCACACCCCUCCCAACAAGAACCGCAAACACUCUGCCUUGCCAGUGACCCCCCCCACCCCUACCCCCCACUCAGAGUGGAGGUAAACCCCCCCCCCCAGUAACAAAAUAGGAUUUCCCUUUCUUUCGGGAAUGCUGUAAAAACAAAACUGUACACACACACAUCUUGACAUUGCUUGUCCCUGGGUAUGAAAAAAUUAGGAAGAAACAAAACCGGUACUGUGGAACAUUUGCAAUACAGAUUUAGUGAGUUCACAGCAACAAACAUGUUUGUAAAGUUUUCAAAAAAUGUAUCUAGACGACCCAGUUCACCUGAGUAAUUAGCUCACACGUCAAAUGUCAAACGAAAUAAUGAAAGCAACAGGCAACACUUGCAUUUCAGUUUAAAUGCUUUCACACUACCUCUCUGCGAAAACAAAACAAAAACAAAAACAAAAAAAUUUUUUAAAAAGCAUUUUGUUCUCUGAAACUUUGUUACUACUUGGGAGUCGCGGUACCUGACCACUCUUGUCAUUCCAGAUGGUUAGAUUUUAAAGGACACUCUUCCGUCUCCAUCCGACGUUUAUCUUCGCCCGCGUACCUCUAUAGCUGCAGACGCCGUUUAUUUUUUCUGUCAGAGUAUUUACGUUGUCCCUUUCCCAGAGCUGAAAACAAAUAGCUUUUUUUUUUUUCAAAAAAAAAAAAAAAAAACAACAGGAAGAAAAGAAAGUCAAUUUGAUGUUUUCCCUAGAACAAACAGAGGGGAAAUUAUUGUCCAUUUUGCAUGGCUUACUGAUGCGACGGCGCGUCUCGAUAAACGCCGCGACUUUUCGGGGACGGGGCUGCAGAUCGUGAGAGGGCACCUAAUGAAGCCGCCAGGAGAACAGGUCCUGCGCGUCACCUCUCACCAGCGUAGUGUGUCUGCUGGGUGUGCCAUCCCAGCGUACUGAGUACUGUAGCGCAAGUAAACACCAUGCAUUAGCAGGGCUUUGAAAGUUUGUUCCGACAUUGCUGUCGACCCCCUUCCACCCCUCGUUUCACAAUUACUUUUUAAUUAUGGUUUACAUUUUCAUAUUUCUAUGAUGGAGUUGCAACAUAUGUAAGCUUCUAAAAACCUAACAAGAAAUUGUGCCAACGUAUGAAUGACGCACGGCGUUCCUUUUUCUGCUAAAGCAAUUGUCCGUCUAACAGGAAAAUUGCACUGUUAAAAUACCAUUAAUCUGUGUUUUAAAGUACAAGGCCUGGAGACGCAUAGCAGGAAGCAGGAACUGAUGAAAGUGGCUCUGUACUGUUGCUAAGACAGCCAUCUUUUUAUAUAAGGCAACAGAACAAAGAGAACAGGCAAGAAACACAUAAACAUUCAUACAGUAUCGUGCUGAAUUCUUUCUGCUCAGCUGAAGUUCUUAUGGACGACAUGCGCAGUCAAGUCCUGGUGUGUGACCAUAGGGCCUGGAUUCUCUCCAACUACAAUACGCCUUGUCCUCAAUGGCUGACUUCCCUGAAAAUCCAAGAUUUAACAUGUUGUUCUCUGUCUUAAAGUUUUCCAAAUAUGCUGAGGAAUAGCGCUAUGGUACUGUAAGGACAUGCUUUCAUAGUGCUUCCAUACGAAUGUCACGUUCUCGUGUCAGUAACAUAACGCCCAUUUGAUUAGGUUUUCUCCUAUUUUCCCCAAGCUGAAUUAAGUUAGUUCCUUAACAUGUGUUGCGAUUUCCGAAAUGGAAAAAUUCUUGUCCAAGUAAUGAAAGAACUAUGACUUGCUCUGCUUCAUUAUUGGAGUGUUAAAGUGAAGCACAUUGUGAUUGGAUUUAAUAUGGGCUUGCAGCCGAGUUGACUUUUUUAUUUUUUUAUUAUUCUUCUUUUUAGAAUAUCUCCCCCCCCCCCCUCGGCCAUCUGGGUCUUUAUCCCUGAAUGGGGCUGUUGAGUGCCGGGUGCACACUGCCUCUUAAAAUCAGGGGUGGGGCCAUUUCUAUAACCCAUUCUAACAUAUCAGUACAAAAGUCCCUGUAAUUCCAGCCUUAUCAAAGUGACUCCUUCAAAAGUUGCGCUUUCCAGUGAAUACAUGAAAGGUCCACAUGAUCGGUGUGCCACAUACGAGUUUAAAUUUCCAGCAGUGAGAAUAUGGACUAUGAGAAUCAUCUGUUUCUGGAUUCUGACUGGUUCUGGAUUCGGUGCACACUCACAAUUAGUUUUGAAAUGCAAUAUCACAAGGGAAGCAUUAUAUAUACGAUUUAUCAUUUUAGCCAAAUGCUGCUGUUAACCAAAACACUUGUGUAAUAUGUGCAUAAGAAAAUGAUUUUUAAAUCAUAAGCUGACCUGUAAAAAGUUAUUGGUCUCGUUUCUAUGAAGUGCUACACAUAUGUGGACAUUGAAAUACACUGCUAGUGUACGUUUUGCAUCAUUGUUCAGUAUUAGCUCUGUACAGUACACCCUGUUUCUUUGCUGACCGUUUAAAACUGGUCCCACAAAGUUCCAACCUAAAAUCAGACUACUACUAGUUAAUUGAAAAUAAUGUUGUCGGAAAAUCCAAUACAGUUCUAAUUUCUGUUGAAAAUAUAUUUAUGUCUGUCGAGGGUCUUGGUAACUGAGUUUGUUUCUCAGCGCAUUAAAUCACAUCUUGCCAGAAUCUACUUAAAUGUGGAAGUCAUUAAGCUAAUAGGAUUUGGACAUUUCUACAGUCACUCUUGGCUCUGUCUAUUCAGGUAAUACCAGGGCACAACCAUCCAACACAAUGGCCCUGAGUUGACUUUCCUCUGAAAUGAGAAAAACAAUAAAAAAUAGGGUUUUUAUUUACCAAGAUUCAGUGGAAACAAGUUUCAAGAACCCUGAACAGUGCUCGUUAACAUAUUUUGCAAUAAACCAUCUUAUAUAUUGUUGAGCAGGCAAACAAAUCCAAAAUGUGAAAUCGUAAUGGCUGUGUUCCGUUUUGCUUCAUUUUGUCACUCUCAAAUUUAUGUUUAUGAAGUUUACUGAGUCCUCUACUGCUUGCCUUCCCUUACAUGGUUACACCUCUAACCAGACCAUUUCUUUGAUACCAAAAACUCCAAAAAUUUACAUUUGCCUACAUUAUCAGCUUUAUUAACAGUUCAUCAUAAGUAAAAGUUGUCUUCUGCCAUUAUCGCCAGUGCUAAUGUUUAUUGUGUGAAAGUUCUGGAAUUCACAGAACCUCAAAAGCAUUUAUAAUUAAAUCGUGUUUGUAGAACAACAGGAUUAAACCAUUGUGGAAGAGAUACCGAUAUGGAUUUGAUAUAUAUUUUUUGUGCGUCCUUGCAUUGUGGUUGACAACACGUUUAUUUCCCCAUUCAUUUUUAAAAGUUUUGCAAAUUUGCCGUCUUACCGUGUGGGACUAACACCAUUACUUUGUUAUUCUCAUAUGUGAAUUAGCUCAAGAAUGCUAUGUAUAUGUAUAUGUGCACCUUUGUUCUUGGUUUGCUUUGUUGAAAAGGGAUGGUGUCAAUUUUUUUCAAAUCAUUGCAGCUAAAUAUUUAAUGGAAGAUAGAGAGCGGAAGAGGGGGAGGAAAUUCUUGUGCGUUUUCCUAUAUAAUCCACUGGCUUUACUUUUUGUGUCCAGUGUGGUAAAAGUCACCCUGUCACGUUGCUGAUGAAGGCUUGUCAGUGUUGUUUUUUCGACAACAUUAAGUAAGAAAAAAUAAUGGCAUCUCUAAAAACAUACUUAAAUGCAUCUAUUGUGAGUGGGAAUUGAAGCAAAACCAUUUGAACCGUCUGACAAUGUAUAUAUAUUUUUAUAUGUGAUAUAGAUUUGAACGCAUAUGUUCCAAAUCCUUCAUCAAGUCAUUAGAAUGCAGCUAUAUUAUUUACGUGCUCUAUAAGCAAUUGAAGUCCUUCGUAGAACUGCAGAAAGAUUACUCAUCAUUCAUUAAUUCACAGUUCACACUCAAAUCUUUUAUCUCAAAGUAGCUGUACUUACACUUGAAGCUCUACUGUUAGUCAUACAGUAAAAUGGAAAACGUUUUGGGGUGUUUCUCCACGUGAAUGACCUUAUUUGCUGCAGAAAGUAUGCUUCAAUAUGAUUUUAUUGCUUGGAGUUGAAGUCCCAACCACCCUCCCCUCUGUUCUAUGAUGAAAUGCUGAAACUAUUUUGUUGACUGGGUCUGUGCAAGGACCAUUGAAGCAGAUCGCCCCUCUCCGAGUUAUUUUGUUUUAUUACAGUACUCUACACGUUGCCUGUCCAAUGCCACCAUAUUAUUAAAAGCUUCAUGUAAUGAUGCUUUCAGUUUUUGCAAAAAAUUAAAAAAAUAAAUAAAAAAACAAAAACAAAAAAAGCUGAGCAAUUUGUAAAACAUCAAAUGUUUUCUUUGUUGCAUGUCUUUUGUUCUUUAUUAAAAAAUGCAGUGUUUUGAAUGUUUCUUCUUUUUUUAUAAAGAUUUCAGAGUGUGAAAUCACUGAGCCUGACUUUGGCACAGUUUUAACUUUUAAGACCUCUGCAUAUGUAAAAAGGUAUACAAACUGAAACACAAAACUAGUGUCUUUUUGAUUCCAACUUAAAACUCUUGUGUUCUGUGGAGAAAAAAUAUCAAGGUGUAGGUUUUAUGGUCUCUUAAUUUGUACUGGUAAUGCAUACUACAAAUAAAUAGUUUCUUUUGUUG